AUGAUACUCAUGGCUUGGUUAUUGAUUCGAGUUCUUUCCAAGAAACCUAAUGCGUCUCCAGUGCCGGGGAAUACUGCUCUUCCCAAAGACACAUUUGAGUCAUAUUUUUCUUAUUUGUUAUACGAAAUCACUCAAUUUCCACCAUUCGUGCUUUCUUUCGUGGUACUGAUAAUUUUGAUUGUGUCAGCUGAAAACUGCAAUGUUCACUCCUUUUACGUCCUACUUUUUGUGUGGUUGUUUAUAGCAGACUUCUUAGGUUUAGGUUAUUCGGUGUUUAGAUUUAAUGCCGGGAGCUUCGACGACAAUUGUGAUACAAAACUUUUACUGGAGGUAAUAACACGUAAACCAGCAGUAAAAGGGAAGGAAUGGAGAACUAUCACAUACAACAUGAAUCAAUAUUUGUUUGACAAUGGAUUAUGGGAUACCCCAUACUAUUUCUACAGUGAAAACAAUUGUUACCGCUAUUUUAUAAACCUUAUUGAAAGAAAACAUCUAUAUUCACAAUCAGACACCACGGCUAUCGGUGCACAGUGGGAUGUGCUAGAAAGUGAAACCUCGGAAGAUGCACCUAAAUCGUAUGUCUCUAGUUCCAAGUCGGAUCUGGAAAGAUGUCGUUUCCAAGCAGCUUUACUUGAAAGACAGGCGCAACGUGAAUAUUGGAGAAAACAUUAUCCAGAUGCUGGUAUAUUCUAA